AUGUCUGUCAGUCCAAAGGGCUUGCGCAAUCGCAAGCUGCCGAGCGCGCCUCAGAACGCGUCCACUAGUCCGACCGCGAGCGACUCCGAGCAGGAGAGUCCGCGGAGCCCAGUGGCACGCGACGAUGUCGUUUGGGGUAAGACCCCCGGUGGAGAAGUCUUUCACGUUCCGUCCACGCACGACGUCUUGACUCUUUUUCACCCCGCGUAUCCCAAGAGCCACUUUGACCUGCUCAAUCUCAGCCUGCUCGGCCUUCAGCUCGUCCUGUUCUUCUCGCUGUCGCGCUUCGCUGCUCAAGUUUUCUUCUUCCUCUACUUCGUCUUCUGGCGUGCGGCGUACGAUGCCGGUCUCGGAUGGGUGCUUACCAGGCAGAGCAAGAAGAAGUGGAUGGUCAAGGAGGUGCAGAGACGCGGUUGGCUCGACGAGAAGCGGAGACCCGAAGCCAGGCAGUGGAUCCGGGCACAGCUGGUUGGCAAGAUGGGUCAGGAUUAUUCGUUUGAUGAACUCCCGAUGGAAUAUAACACCUGGCUGUUAUUCCGCCAGCUGGUAGAUGUCAUCCUGCUCAAUGACUUUCUCGCGUAUUGCAUGUUUGCAUUCGCAUGCUUCCGCAUUCCCGAAGAUCUGUCCAUUGCUGUCCAUAUCCUGAGGUGGCUUGGUGGCAUUCUCCUCAUCGCCUUCAACCUCUGGGUUAAGACGGAGGCCCAUAAUGUUGUCAAGGACUACGGAUGGUACUGGGGCGACGUCUUCUUCCAGCGAGGCGGUCUGGUCUUUGAUGGAGUAUUUAACCUUGCCCCUCAUCCCAUGUAUUCUGUUGGCUAUGCCGGCUACUAUGGUCUGUCCUUGAUCGUCGGCAGCUAUUCGGUCCUCUUUGUCAGCCUUGCGGCUCAUGCUGCCCAGUUUGCUUUCUUGAUUUUGUUUGAGAAUCCUCACAUCGAGCGCAUGUAUGGUCAGCGCAAGCCCAUUGCUGUCCGCAGGGCCGUGACUGCUCGCAAAUCGCGCUCCCCUCAAGCUGCCACGCCGCCGCUCGCCACUUUGUCCGAGGACGAGGCCAUUGAUCAGCUGUCGACUCCCCCUGCCACGGAGGGAGAAACCGCGACUGAAUCGGACCUUGAGACGGAGGCAGAGACGGAAACCGAGGGAGAGGGAGAGGGAACACCGAAGCUGAAGGCCACCAAGCGACUGAGUCCCCAACUCACUGGGCGGUUGUCUCCCAUCUCAUCUGUCUCAGUCGAACAUGCGGUUACCCAGCACGAUCUACUCACGAAGUACUUCAGACGCGAUACUGUGAUUCUUCAGAACAUCGACUUGUUACGGUCUUCUGAUGCGAUGCUCGUGCUUGUGGUCCUUUACGUUCUGACGGUCGCUUUUGUUCCGGCGCUCUCAUACGAGACUGUCACGCUGCUUCAUUUCGUACACGCCUGCUGUUGGUGUCUCUUCCACAGCUUCGGGCUCGGCGCUCUACUACGUGCGCAGUCCAAUUCCAAGUUUUUCAUACGCCAUUUCAUGAAGCACUACCACUACCCAUCUGGUGACCGUGGGCAAGGUGCGGUUCAGGAGGCGUUUACCAACUGGAAGGGCCUAUACAACCUGAGUUUGUGCAUGACAUACACGUCACUGAUUGGUCUUGCGUGGAAGACGUAUUCGUGGCCUAUGAGCUGGACCGUCGGAGAUGAGCUUCUGUGCCACACCCUUGGUGCCCUUCUGAUCGGGCUUCACGUUUGGGCCGCUAUCGAGUCCUACGAGGUCCUCGGUGUCUUUGGAUGGUUCUACGGCGACUUCUUCAUGGAAGACUUCCCCGCGCAUCUGGAGUACACGGGCAUCUUCCGGUACCUCAAUAACCCGGAGCUCAUGAGCGGCGCGUCCUUUUUGGGGCUUGCUCUCAUGAGCGGCAGCAAGCUCGUUGGCGCCCUCGCGGUCAUCCGCUUCCUUUCCAAUUGGUGGUUCCUCACCGUCGUUGAAAACCCGCACAUGCGGAAAUUGUACGGAGACUCGCUACGCAAUGAGGCUGGCUUCGUCAAGGUCAUCAAGAACGUCGCGAGCAAGAACGCGAGGCUGCUCGAGUCCCGCGCGGGACGCCACGGCCCCGAGAUUCGAAGAGUUGCGCGACAGGUCCAAGGCACGUUUGAUAAGGUGUACGAGGAGACCGCCGAUGUCGUGGAGGAGUUCUUGGCAAAGUCCAAACCCAGAAUUUCCGAGGUGAUGCAGGAGACAAAGGUUUUGCUCCAGCAGUCUCGUGAGCGCCUCGUCAUAACCCGUGUUGCGAACGACCUUUCUUCAUGCGAUACGGCGAAGUACAAAAUCGGUAUUGCCCCAAGCAAGAGUGGCGAUAAGCGUUUUCACCUUGGCGAGCCUAUCACCGUUACAUGGGAAGUGCCUCAGCAGCACUCACGCCGCGACUGGGUUGGUAUAUACCGGGUCGGUGCGAACAAGUCGAUAUUGGUGACCAAGACGUCUUCUUUGGGCAUGUGGGUGCCCGUGCAUGACGAAGAAUGGGAUGGCGAUAUUUUCGUGGGUGCUAGUGCGAGGGGGUUAAGCACGCAAGGUGUGGAAUCGCAGGCGGGCACUGUAACGUUCCGCUCGUCGACGCUUCCAUGGAACGUCGGACGUUAUGAGAUCCGGUACCACCACGAUGGGAAGUACAACGUCCUUGGGCUCGAUGGACCAUUUGAAGUUUACGUAAACAAGCCUGACAAUCUAGACUUCGACUCCGUGAGAAACUCGCUCACCGAGAUCGUCCCCCUCUGCCUAGACUCGGACCCUUCGCUCAUCCCGCUCUCGUGCGGCGGCGAGCCUUCGCCUGUCGGUGAGGCGGACGCCGUGCGCGGCCCCGACGACUUCAACUUCUGGAACGAGCGCCAGGCGAAGCGUAUCUCGAGCGCAAUCCGCCAGGCGUUUGACAUCGAGUACGCGCCGGAGGUCGUUAUGGCCGAUGCGAAUUUGACGAGCCUGGCGAAUCGAAUUCUGGUGUCGAAGCGGUUAGCGAGCGACGCCUGAUGAUAGACAUUAACGAUUUCAUGAACCG